UCAAAAAAAUUUUACGAAAGAAAAACGUUGGGGGUUUGAACCCUCUUGAAAUCUCUGUUCCGCCGCGAAGCUCUCCAGGGAGCAACCAGUAAUGGCGGCGAACUCUUCGAGUCCGGCUUUCGAAAACUUUCGGUUGUUUGGAUCAGCGGAAGACGAGAAGCCCAAUCCGGGUUUAUCCUUGGGUUUCCUCGACUCUCAACAACCUCCACUUCCACCUCCACCUCCUUGCCUCGAAGUUCUUUCUUCUGAGGUUUGUUCUUCCGUUAAAUACAAUGUGGAGCCAGUGACAGUGGGUGAAAUUACCAUGUUUAAGGGGCGGGUCAGCACGCAGGAGGUUUUCUCCUUGUCCAACUCUGAUUUAGUUCCUGGUAAAUAUGAAGGGGGGCUUAAAUUAUGGGAAGGCGCAUUGGAUCUUGUCAAAGCUCUCUGUGGAGAGGUUGAAAAUGGUCAUUUGUCAUUUGCUGGGAAGCGAGUUUUAGAGCUUGGAUGUGGCCAUGGUCUUCCUGGUAUUUAUGCAUGCCUGGAGGAUGCAGCUGCAGUACAUUUCCAGGAUUUCAAUGCCGAAGUCCUGAGAUACCUUACCAUUCCAAAUGUCACUGCAAACCUUACAAAAAAGGCAGCUUUGCCAACUAAUCCAACUGAAUCUGAUGCUGGAUCAGCAGCUCGUUACUUCGCUGGUGAUUGGAGUGAAAUGCAUAAAAUUCUGCCGUUUGCGUCUGACGACAAGGAGAAGCUAAGUGAAAAUUUCAAUGGCUAUGACAUUGUUUUAAUGGCGGAGACCGUUUAUUCUCUUUCUACACUUAAAACUCUCUAUAAACUUAUCACACAGUGUUUGAGCCGUCCUCAUGGAGUUGUAUACAUGGCUGGAAAAAAGCAUUACUUUGGAGUAGGAGGAGGAACCCGACGCUUUCUCUCUGUGUUAGAAAAAGAAGGUGAAAUGGUUUCCAAACUGAUUGCAGAAGUUGCUGAUGGUUCGUCUAACGUUAGAGAAGUGUGGAAGAUCUCAUUGAAAUAGAAGGAGUGCAUUAGGGAUGGUUUAUGCAAAUGAUCACUGGAACGAAAGCAUUCUGUAUUUCUCUCCUUUGUCGAGUUCGUAUCUGAAAAUUAUGGAUCAAAUCUUUUUUGGGAAGUUGAACACUGUGUUGUGUGCUCCCUUUGUUGGAAAGUAUCUCAUAGUUUCUUAAAGAAUAUUACAUGCUCUAACUGUGAUGAGUGGAUGGAUAUGUCUUAGCAAAAUCCUGGAAAAGAACUAAAUGGAUCCUUAGGUACACACGAUACUUCAUGAACAUCCCUUGUAUCUUAUCUGAGGAUAAUAUUUAUGAAUGAAUUUUGCGGUUGAUAUGGUCAAAGAAGAUCAUCAAUAGGGUAUGCGUUUAAGCUAUGAAAUAUUAUUGGCCCCAAAUUCAGCUUAUUAUAGCCCAUCAACACUCAAAGCAGCUGAGCACAUAGAAUUGGAGCCUUGGGAGUGCCUACUUAAGCUAUGCUCAAUUGGUAUUUAAGGGAUCAUCCAUGAUUCGACAUUUUGUUAGAACAUGAUUAGAGGUUUGAAUUGCUAUCACUACAUGUUUGAACUUGAAAA